AAACAGCUUUCGCGGUUCGAAACCAAAUGAGAGGGGUGUGAGAAGGAUCAGCUGAUUGAUAUCGAUAGUGAAGCUAGCAAAAUGUCGCAAAUUGAGAAAAAUCACCUGAAAUCCACGGCAGAGGCAGGGGCUGGAUCUCCCGGAGAAGCCUCGUCAGUGGCCGUGGCGGCGGAUGCCACCGAAACGGAGGAACUGGUGAAGCAGCUCCUGGGAAUGGGUUUUCCGGAGGGCCCUGCCCGCAUUGCGUUGGCCGGAUGCAACAACAACGUGGAGCUGGCGGUGCAGCUUUUGGUCGCGGGCGAGGACUCCAGAAAGCAGCGUCGUGGACACCAAGGAUUGCGCCAGCUGCGCAGAUCCCUUUUGGGGAGCCCCUUCUCCACGAAUAAAGCCAUCGAGGAGAUGAUGCGGAACAGCUACACCGUGCAGGGACUUACAGAUUCUGUGGGCAAGAGCGGCGUGGAGGCCAUGCAGCUGCUGCUCGCUGAUGAGGACCUCAGCUCGGAGUCCCCUUCAUCUGCUGAAAGCUCGUCGGCCAGCGAUUCAGCUGAGAACUGAUCUUCGUACCGCUCAGCUCUAUCUCUCUUUUGGAAAAUUUUUAAUUUGUAAGGAAUAUCCUUUGCCACGUACCACUCUUAAUUUAAUUUUUUUAAAAGUAUAUCAGUUUGUAACAAAAGGGUGCCAGCUUUUUUCUGAGAUUUUGUCCUAUGAUCUUGAGAUUUUAUUUUUGAAAAUAUUAAAUUUAAAGUUAAAGAACAUAAGAGUUCAGUUUCACAAUGUGUUCAAGAUUCAAAUACGUAAUGGAAUAUUGUAAAAUUGGCUCUUGAUGAUAACGCCAAUGGAAGCUUGUAUUAAUUGAACAUUAGAAACUAAAAACUAUUUAUUUAAACACCGUUUUGGAGUAAAGGCAUCGUACAAAUAUAGUUUGCGAAUCUCAAGUCCUAAUGCUGUUAAACAAUAAAUAAAUAUGUGAAAUGAGAAAGGAA